AUGGGAGCAGAACUGAAGAUUGCGUACGCAGGCGGCAGAGUCGGGCGAGUCGCGCGCCACUUCGAGGACCAAACGGCUUCGGGUGUCGUCUACAAGUGCGCUGAGGACGCGUGCAUUGCCGUCAAGAACGAAGAGGUCGACCUCGCCGUGGUUCCCAUCGAGACGUCCACGCUCGGCACCAUCCACAUGAAUUACGACUUGCUGCUCAAGCACAACCUGUAUGUGAUUGCCGAGUACGACCUGCCGAAGGCGGGAUUGGCUUCGGUGCAAGGGGUCGACAUUGCCUCGUAUACGCAGUUCCUGCUGCUUUCCAAGAGAGGGGACUUGGCGUGGAACGCGAAGAGUGACAACGGCAAUUUCAAGACGUCUGUCGUGUUUGGGUUCAAGAACAGCUCGACCAAGGGCAUGCUGAACCGUGCGCUCGAGGUCUUCCUACGGUACGAACUUGAGCUGAUUAAAAUCGACAGUCGUCCAUGGGCCGGCCAGGCCCCCCAGCCGUAUCGCAGUGAGAUAGUCGCGGACUCGUGCAAAUACAAGUACCUCUUCUACGUGGAUUUACAGGGCCAUCUCACGGGUGCAAACAUGGCGGCUGCGAUUUGGCGGCUGAAAGAAAUCUGCUCGUUCGUGCGCAUCCUGGGGUCCUACGGGACGUCGCGGGGUGAGAAGGCCAUAAAGGUGGCGGGACUGUCGCUUGGGAGCACCCGCAUUGGGACUGGCACCAUUCGCACCAUGGACACCAAGUACCCGUUGAACCCUGUGUUCCAGAAGGUGACGGUUGCCAAGACAAUGUUGAUCCAUGGCCAGACCAAGCAGAUGGAGGCCGAUGGAAAGAAGGUGUGGUCGCUAUGCGUGGGUGAGCCUGACAAUAAUCCGCAUGAGCACGUGCUAGCUGCUGGUGCCAAGGCCUUGAUCGAGGGCAACGUCAAGUACUCGCACAUGAAAGGUCUCGUGGAGCUUCGCGGUCUCAUCUCGACGUACUUAGAGAAGGCCAAGGGUCUGAAGUAUGAUCCGGCCACGGAGGUGCUGGUAUCGAACGGCGCGCAGCAGUCGGUGUUUCAGGCUCUGUAUACCGUUUGCCUACCCGGUCAAAAGGUGAUCAUCCCGACACCGUACUGGAUUAAUUACCCGGAGAUCGUUAAGCUAGUGUACGCAGAACCCAUUCCGUUACGCACGCUGCUCGAGGAUGACUAUUUGAUCAACCCGGCAGAGCUGGAAAAGACGCUGAUGGCGCACCCGGAUACCAAGGCCAUCAUCCUAUGCAACCCAAGCAACCCGUCGGGCACGUUGCACGGCCCGGAUCAUUUGGAGAGAAUCGCGGCCGUAUUGCGCAAGCCUCAGUUCCGUCAUAUCGUCGUGGUGUCGGACGAGAUCUACGAGCAGUUGUUGUACCAAGACGAAGGCGUGCCAGAGCGAAAACACGUGAGCUUUGCCGCUCUGCCGGGUAUGUACGAGAGGACGCUGUUGGUGAACGGGUUCUCAAAGGCGCAUGCCAUGACCGGCUUACGUGUCGGCUACCUCGCGGCACCCAAGCAUUAUAUCGAUCCUUGUACACUGCUGCAGGCCCAGCUGACGUCGUGCCCAAAUACUGUAGGCCAGGUGGCUGCUGUCGAGGCACUCAAAAAGGAGCUGGAGUGUAUGGGGAAGGGUGAGCGUCGCAUUGCAGCGGUGAUGAAGAAUCUGGAUGUGAAGCGCCACUACAUCGUCAAGCGACUGACUGCCAUGCCCAACGUGCGCUUCGCCUACCCGACAUCAGCGUUCUAUGUGUUCUUGGACUUGUCGUCUUACUUCCAGGGCAAGAAGGUCGUCAUUGCGAACGAGCGUGUGUCCCUGGCGAGCGUCGAUGACUUCUGUGCGCACUUGUUGCAACAUUCGCAUAUUGCCGUUGUGCCUGGUUCGGAGUUUGGCGACGAGUUUGGCAUGCGCAUUUCAUACGCGAGCUCGAUGGAAGCGAUCGAACAUGCAAUGGACGGAAUGGAGCAGUUGCUCAAGUCGUUGACUUUUGUCAGCAGUGGAAGUGAUCCAUCGAUGCCAUGA